AUGGCCGCGCCGGGGGAUCCGCAGGACGAGCUGCUGCCGCUGGCCGGCCCCGGGUCCCAGUGGCUCAGGGACCGGGGGGAGGGGGAGGACGAAGCGGUGACGCCGAAAGGGGCCACGCCGGCGCCGCAGGCUGGGGAGCCCAGCCCGGGGUUGGGCGCCAGGGCCCGGGAAGCGGCGUCGCGGGAAGCCGGCUCGGGCCCCGCCCGGCAGUCGCCCGUUGCCAUGGAAACUGCAUCCACAGGUGUGGCAGGUGUUUCCAGUGCCAUGGACCACACCUUCUCAACAACAUCAAAAGAUGGGGAAGGAUCGUGUUACACAUCUCUCAUUUCUGACAUCUGCUAUCCACCUCAGGAGGAUUCUACAUAUUUUACUGGAAUUCUUCAGAGGGAAAAUGGCCACGUCACCAUUUCAGAGAGCCCUGAGGAGCUGGGUACACCCGGCUCCUCCUUACCAGAUGUGCCUGGGAUAGAGUCUCGUGGCUUAUUUAGUUCUGAUUCUGGAAUAGAGAUGACUCCUGCAGAGUCCACCGAAGUGAACAAGAUCUUAGCAGACCCUCUGGACCAGAUGAAAGCAGAGGCCUAUAAAUACAUUGACAUAACCAGACCCGAGGAGGUGAAGCACCAAGAACAACAUCACCCCGAGUUAGAAGACAAAGACUUGGACUUUAAGAAUAAGGACACUGACAUCUCAAUUAAACCUGAAGGAGUCCGUGAACCUGACGAACCAGCUCCUGUGGAGGGAAAAAUCAUCAAGGACCAUUUAUUGGAAGAAUCCACAUUUGCUCCAUACAUAGAUGAUCUCUCUGAAGAACAGCGCAGGGCUCCUCAGAUCACCACCCCUGUCAAAAUCACACUGACGGAAAUAGAACCUUCUGUUGAAACCACUACCCAAGAGAAGACCCCUGAGAAGCAAGAUAUAUGUCUAAAGCCAAGUCCUGACACAGUCCCCACUGUCACUGUCUCGGAGCCUGAAGAUGACAGCCCAGGAUCUAUCACCCCUCCAUCUUCUGGAACAGAACCAUCUGCUGCAGAAUCCCAGGGGAAAGGCAGCAUCUCCGAGGAUGAGCUGAUCACCGCCAUCAAAGAAGCAAAGGGAUUAUCGUAUGAAACCGCCGAGAGCCCACGGCCGGUGGGCCAGCUGGCCGACAGGCCCGAGGUCAAGGCCAGGUCCGGACCGCCAACCAUCCCCAGCCCCCUGGACCACGAGGCCAGCAGCGCGGAGUCGGGGGACUCAGAGAUCGAGCUGGUGUCUGAGGACCCCAUGGCCGCGGAGGACGCGCUGCCCUCAGGCUAUGUGAGCUUUGGCCACGUGGGCGGCCCGCCGCCCUCGCCCGCCUCGCCAUCCAUCCAGUACAGCAUCCUGAGGGAGGAGCGCGAGGCCGAGCUGGACAGCGAGCUCAUCAUCGAGUCGUGCGACGCCUCCUCGGCCUCGGAGGAGAGCCCCAAGCGGGAGCAGGACUCACCCCCGAUGAAGCCCGGCGCCCUGGACGCCAUCCGGGAGGAGACUGGCGUCCGGGCCGAGGAGCGUGCGCCAAGCCGGCGGGGCCUGGCCGAGCCGGCUUCCUUCCUCGACUACCCCUCAACUGAGCCCCAGCCUGGCCCCGAGCUGCCCCCUGGAGACGGAGCCCUGGAGCCUGAGACGCCCACGUUGCCACGGAAGCCUGAGGAAGACGCGAGUUCCAUCCAAAGUCCUGCGGCCACAAAGGGCCCUGGGCCUCUAGGUCCUGGCGCCCCGCCCCCACUGCUGUUUCUCAAUAAGCAAAAAGCUAUUGACCUGCUGUAUUGGCGGGACAUCAAGCAGACGGGCAUCGUGUUUGGGAGUUUCCUGCUGCUGCUCUUCUCCCUGACCCAGUUCAGCGUGGUGAGCGUCGUGGCCUACCUGGCCCUGGCCGCACUCUCAGCCACCAUCAGUUUCCGCAUCUACAAGUCUGUUUUACAAGCUGUGCAGAAAACCGACGAGGGCCACCCUUUCAAGGCCUACUUGGAGCUUGAGAUCACCCUUUCUCAGGAGCAGAUUCAGAAGUACACGGACUGCCUGCAGUUCUACGUGAACAGCACACUUAAGGAACUGAGGAGGCUCUUCCUUGUCCAGGACCUGGUGGAUUCCUUAAAAUUUGCAGUCCUGAUGUGGCUCCUGACCUACGUUGGCGCUCUCUUCAAUGGCCUGACCCUGCUGCUCAUGGCUGUGGUUUCAAUGUUUACUCUACCUGUAGUGUAUGUUAAGCACCAGGCACAGAUUGACCAAUAUCUGGGACUUGUGAGGACUCACAUAAAUGCUGUUGUGGCAAAGAUUCAGGCUAAAAUCCCAGGCGCUAAGAGGCACGCUGAGUAA